AUGGCUUCUCUAACUUUAACAUCCUGUCUCCUCCUCCUUAUGGCGACCUCUCUCGCCCUCCCCUCCCUCCCUCUGCUGGUCCUUCAGCUUGCGCCUGAUGGCAGCGCAGUCAACUUCCCCAGUUGGCUGAACUGUCUCGAGCGCACGCUGUCUGGCACCCUCGUGAGUGGCUUUAACCUCUGGUUUGUCACUCAGCAGAGUGGUUCUGGCGCCAUUCCUAAACCUGCCUCUGCACCUACCUCUACCUCCUCUGACCCAUAUGCUGAUGGCCUUCGUGCUGCUAUCUCUGAAACUGAGCGGAUUGCGGCCACGGCCCAAGCCAUUGCUGCUGCUGCUCCUGACAAUGCUGCAGCCCGUGACCUCGCUCGUGUCCUUGCUGAGUCCCUCGAGAGCACCCGCAAGCAGCACCUCGCUGCCCCCUCUCCUCGUUCUGCCUCUACUCCCUCUGCUUCUGCUCCAUCUCACUCUGACCUUCUCGCUGAUUGGCAUGUUGCCAACGCACGUGCCUGCCAGGUCAUCCUUGCCUGCCUACCUCCAACCCUUCUCCCUCAGUGCUCGCACAUCCGCUAUGCCAAGGACCUUCUCGGCUAUCUUACCGAGCGCUUCCAGUCGCAGACUCACAUCAGUGUCAUUGCCCUCUUACGCGAGCUUACCUCUCUUCGCCUUGCUGACUUCACCACCAUGGCAGACUACAUCGCUCGUGUGCAGACGCUGUCCUCCCAACUUGCCUCUCAAAAGUUUGAACUUUCCGAUCAUGUGUGCGGUGCCCUCCUCCUCACAGGCCUCACUCCUGAAUACAGUGUUCAUGUCACUCUGUAUGGUGAGCGCCCUGCCGACCAGUGGUCGUUCUCUCGUGUCUCUGCCUUCCUCCUCCAGGCAGAGCUCAACCUCCGCAGCUGCCCUCCUACUGUCUCCGCUGUCACACCCUCUUCCGCCCCCCCCCCCCUCUCCCCACCUCCACUGCCGCCGCUGCUUCCUCUCGCCCUCGCAACACCUUUCCUCCUUGCACCUACAUCAUUCGCCAAGGGCCCCGCAAGGGAGCUGGGGAUACCAUGA